GCAAACAUGCAGUCCCUCAAAACCAUAGCCUUUUUCCUCUUAAUUGCCGCUGCCACGACUUCCUCUCAAAAUACUAACACCAAAUGCCCAUUUCAAUUCUUGUACCACUUUGGCGACGGAAUAUCCGAUAUAGGAAACUCCGUUAGGGUUGAGCCCUUUGGGCCCCUUCUUCCGCCCACACGUGAUCCUUACGGCGUAACUUUCCCCGGUCACCCCACCGGCCGUUGGUCCGACGGCCGUGUCGACGUCGACUAUGUCGCUGAAGAUGUUGGUCUGCCCAAUAUUAUACAAUACUUGUCGAUGAAUAUGUCUAAAAGCUACGAUGGAAUCAUAUUUUCCGUAGCAAGAAGCACGGCUCUUAAUACUUCAUUUUUCGAUUCAAGGGGCAUUCAUAUCCCACCAUAUGAUAUUCCUCUCGCCACUCAAUUAUCUUGGUUUAGAACAUAUCUCCAAUCAAACUGCACAACUCAAACAGAGUGUGCAAAGAGGCAGCCCUCAAACUCUGUUGUAUUAUUUGAAUUUUCUGAACUAAAUGACUUGGGAUACGCAUUACUCCAAGGCAAAUCCAUCCAAGAAGUAACAACCUACGUGCCACUUUUAGUCGACGCCCAAGUCAACGCUGCAAGAGAGGUGAUCAAGCUGGGUGCGACGCGGGUAGUUUACACCACAGCGGCUCCUCUAGGGUGCUAUCCCUACAUUCUAACUGCAUUAUCUACUAAUGACACGUCAGCCUACGACGGACUAGGAUGUUUGAAGGCUGUGAAUAAUCUUGCACUCAACUUUAACGAGAAUCUCCUAAAAGCUUUCCUAGCUCUACAAGCAGAAUUCCCCAAUCUCACCAUAAUAGGUGCUGAUUACUACCUAACUGUCACAGCACAGAUCACUCUCAAAACCGUGUUAGGCUUCGGACGUGAAAAUCCGGCAUUGAGAUCUUGUUGCGGAAUCGGAGGAAGAUAUAACUACGACGACAGAAGAUUGUGUGGGAGCCCUGAUGCGACGGUUUGCCCUAACCCCAACGACUACAUAUAUUGGGAUGGUUUGCACUUUACACAACAAGUCUAUCGUGCUGUUAUAGGCAUACAAGUUGUACCGGCCCUACUGCUACUCAAAUGUAGAUUAAUAUAAAUACAAGAGGUCUUUUGUGAGAAUGUUCGAAUAGUGCGGCUCACUCAAAUAUUUUAAUAAGAUAUUUAUAAAUGUCUUAUUAAAAUAAUUGAAUAAGGAGUUAAUGCCAAUUAAAUAAAUAACAGCCUGGGCCAUGAGGUCCUCUACUUAUUUAGCUAUUAUUUCCCAUCAA